AUGUCGAGUACCGAUCACAAAGAACGAUUGGUGACUGACAAUUUGGAGUCGUUGAAAGAGGGAGAAGUUUUUGUCGACAGUGAAACAGGCAAGAAAUAUCGCGUAAAGAAGACCAUUCUCCCACACUACGCUUCUUCAGGUCCUCAUGGCCUAGGAGAUCCUGAUGAUCGAACGUUACGACGCAUUGAAGCUGAUGUCAUUAUACCUAAUCGAAUGAAUGCACAAAUAGAGAAGGUAGAAUGUAGAGAGCCAUAUUUGGAACUCGUCAAUUGUAUGAGAGAAAAAGGAGCAGUGAAGGGUCUGAAACAAUGCAAACCAGAACUUGAUGUCUUUAAUCGCUGUAAAUACCUUAAGUUCAACGACACCGAAUUCCGGGAACGAAUGACGGAACAAUAUUUGCAAGAGCGAUCAGAAGCUCGUCGAACAGGAAAGACAGCGCGGGAACGUAAACUCGAAGAAUAUCGAGAAUGGAAAAAAGAGCAUGAAAGUAAUUGA